AUGCAGCCUUUCCACUUCGAUUACUGGAUGAUUUCAUUGGUGCGCUGGCAGCCAAAGAAGACUAAUAACUAUCCUUCGGAGAUCACUUUCUGGAUCAAGGUUUUGGGAGUUCCGUUGGAGUUUUGGGAAGCACCUACUUUCCGCAGCAUUGGUGGUGCAUUGGGGGAAACAAAAGAUGUUGAUCUGGAUUACGGCCGGGUUCAAGUGGUGGUAGAUGGAUUCAAGGCUCUGACGUUCGCGACGACAGUUGAUUUCACGGGAGGUGAAUAUUAUGAAGGAGAAGAGGCUCCUGUUUCUCUGCGGUAUGAAAAAUUGUUUGGUUAUUGUGAGACGUGUCUCAGCCUCUGCCAAAAUGAAGAGAACUGCCCACUGAAAAAAUCCUGA